UGGAAGGGAUGGGCCUUCUGAAGGGACUGGGUGGAGGGACCCUGGACAGUUGGAGAGGGUACCACCCGAGCCAGACCCCUUCGUCCUCCCAAGGCUGGGAAGUCUGGACGCUGGAGGCCUGGGACAAGCAGGCCUCUGCCAAGGUCAGGUCUAGGAAAUAACUCGGACUUUUGAGGCGUUUCUUUUACUGGUCUGACAGCUAGGAGCCAUCAGUCUGAAUCCUUUCUGUGGAAUAGUUUGAGACACAGUUAUAAGGCAGAGGUUCAAGAGCCUUGGUUUCAACAGAUGAAAGCGAGUAGAAUUUUGGAGUCUACCUAUGGUUUGAGAAGGGAGUAGGCGACAAUUUCAAACGCUUAGAAGAGACAAGAAAUUAGAGGGCGUUAAGCUGCAGGGCACAUUCCUAUACAAGGCCCUUUUAGGAAAGUACGGGAGCUGUUUUAGUUCCAAGCUUUUGUUGCUGCAAAUCACUUUCUCCGUUCUUAAAAACUAAAGGGUGGGACUGGUCCUCUUGGCCAAUCAGCAUCUACCUCAUUUGCAUAAGCCCGUACAAAACAUUUGCAAACUCUAGAAAUGAACGAUAUGAAUAAGUUCCGUAGAAUACUAUUUUUCCUUGUGAAAGUUACAGUGUCUCGUUGCUUAUACGGCAAUAGAAAUCAAAAAAGUCCACUCUGAGCUCACCCUCACCAAUAUUGGAGUUCAUGGAUAUUCCGCGUUCUCCCCGGGCCACUUCCUGUAGUGCUUACAGCUCUUUUUGAAUUUGUCUAGUAGGUCUUCCGGUUUUUACCGGAAGGCCCUCCCUAUUAAACGAGUCAUUCCUAACAAUAGAGUAACUUCAGUGGCAAGCAGAUGUGUUUAAAUGUUGCAGAUUCACCGAGACACUUCCAACUUUUGAGGGUUUGCAGUGGGGUGGUGGGAACGACGCUCGAGGAACUUCCGGUUACGGCCGAUGCCGUUUCCCCCCGCCCCCGGCAGCCUGGAGACCAGGUUUCGGAGCCGGCCCUUUCUUCCUGAGCAUUUCCUUGGUUCUGCCCUACGUGCAAUCUCCGUGGCACUAUGGCGUCCGCCUCGGCCCAGCCUGCGGCCUUGAGUGCCGAACAGGCCAAGGUGGUCCUGGCCGAGGUGAUCCAGGCGUUCUCCGCCCCUGAGAACGCCGUACGCAUGGACGAGGCUCGGGACAACGCGUGCAACGACAUGGGCAAGAUGCUGCAGUUCGUGCUGCCCGUGGCCACACAGAUUCAGCAGGAGGUUAUCAAAGCUUAUGGCUUCAGCUGCGACGGGGAAGGUGUCCUUAAGUUUGCCCGCUUGGUCAAGUCGUACGAAGCCCAGGAUCCCGAGAUUGCCAGCCUGUCAGGCAAGCUGAAGGCACUGUUCCUGCCACCCAUGACACUGCCACCCCAUGGGCCUGCUUCAGGUGGCAGCGUAGCUGCCUCCUGAGAGUUGGCCUCCCCUGUGAUACUGCCUGGGAAGGGAAGAUCUUGAUGUCCCAGAGGUUAAUAAAUAUGCCUGUGAUUUA